AUGGCGCCCAAAGAAACCAAGUUCAAGGUGGCUGCCGCACACGCGGCGCCUGUCUUCAUGGACAAAGCCGCCACCAUCAAGAAGACAAUCCGCCUUAUCGAACAGGCUGCAAAGGACGACAUCAAGCUCUUAGUGUUCCCUGAGACCUUCAUUCCUGGCUAUCCUUACUGGAUUGAAUGUUACCCACCCCUAAAGCAGGUCGCUGCUUUGGCAAAAUACGCCGAAGAGAGCGUCGUGGUGGAGCCGAACGGAGAGGAUGUGAGUGCCAUCCAGGAUGCCUGUCGCAGGACCGGUGUAGCCAUCAACCUGGGCGUCUGCGAACGUGUCGCCAACGGCUAUACGCUGUUUAACACCCAAGUCAUUAUCGAUAGUGACGGCACUAUACUCGGUGUUCAUCGGAAGCUCCAGCCAACCUAUGUCGAGCGCAUGGUGUGGGCUCAGGGCAACGGCAGCACAUUGCGCAACUGGCCAUUGUCGCUCGGGUACAACCUCGGAGGUCUCGCGUGUUGGGAGCAUACCAUGAACGGCGCACGCCAGGCCCUUAUUACACAGAACCAGCACAUUCAUGCGGGAGCUUGGCCGGCAUUAUCCACCAUGGCCGGCUUCGAAGCCGUUGCCGAUGCGCAGAUCGAGGCGUUGAUGAAGGCCCAUGCCCUGACUGCCCAAGUCUUCGUCAUCACUGCUUCCAACUACGUCGACCAACAGUGCCUCGACUGGAUGGAAGAGAACCUCGGAAAGCAGGAUCUCGUCAAGGCUGGCGGCGGCUGGUCUUCUGUCCUCCAUCCGUUCUGCUCGUACAUCGCUGGUCCGCACACGGGCGGGGAGGAGAAGUUGGUGCAGGGCGAGAUUGACUUCUCGCACAUGGGGUCGGUAAAGGUAUGGAUCGAUGCGGCAGGCCACUACCAGCGUCCCGAGAUUCUGCAGUUCGCGUUCGAUGCGCGCCCGCACUGGGCUGAUGAAAAGACCGAUCGCUUCAAGGUGCGUACUGAUGACAAGAAGUCGGACACUGAGAGUGGUUACUCGUCUCAGAGUGAGGUGAGGUCAAACUAG